AUGGUGUCAAUUCUGAAAAGACUCAAUUCAACUCUUAGGACCCAGCUAUUUAUCAACAACCAAUGGGUAAAUUCAAAGUCACAACAGACCUUCAAGACCAUAAAUCCUGCCACUGAAGAGGUUAUUGCUGAAGUCCAGCAGGCAAACGAAGAAGACGUCGAUAUUGCUGUAAAAGCAGCCAGAAAAGCCCUUGAAAAAGGAGUAUGGUCAAGAUUGAGUGGAAGAGAACGAGGAGAACUCCUCUACAGUUUAAGCAAAUUAAUAUCUGCUAACUUUGAAGAGCUAGCAGCUUUAGAAGUAAUGGAUUCCGGCAAGCCAAUUUCUGAUAUAAGAAACGGUGACUUGCCUUUUACAAUUGAUACUUAUAAGUAUAACGCUGGCCUGGCUAAUAAUAUAAAAGGAAAAUCAAUCCCUAUCUCAGGCCCUUUUACAUGCUAUACAAGAUAUGAGCCAGUUGGGGUAUGUGCCCAGAUCAUCCCAUGGAAUUACCCAAUCCUUAUGCAAGCUUGGAAAAUGGCUCCAGCACUAGCUGCUGGAUGCACCCUUAUUUUAAAGCCUGCAGAACAAACACCUCUAUCAGCCUUAAAACUAGGAGAACUUAUAAUUAAAGCUGGCUUCCCACCUGGUGUUGUCAAUAUUUUGCCUGGAUUCGGAGAUGCUGGAAAAGCACUAACCUUGCACCCUGAGGUGGAUAAAAUCGCCUUUACUGGGUCAACAGAAGUAGGCUUAGAAGUUCAAAAAAAUGCAGGGACUAAUGGGCUUAAGAGGGUUACAUUAGAAUGUGGAGGGAAAAGCCCACAUAUUAUUUUUGAUGACUGUGACCUAGAAAAUGCUGUAUCUUGUGCCCAUUUUGGAGCUUUUGGGAAUAUGGGGCAGAACUGUGUAGCUGGUAGCAGGGUUUAUGUCCACUCAAAAAUCUAUAAAAAGUUUAUUGAUAAAACCAUUGAAGCCGCCAAAGCUAGAAAAAUUGGAGACCCAAUGGACCCAGAAACCCAGCAUGGACCACAAGUAGACAAAGCCCAAAUGGAAAAAAUCCUGGGGUAUAUCGAAAAAGGGAAAAGUGAAGGAGCCAAGCUGGUGCUUGGAGGCAAUAGAUGGGGAGAUAAAGGCUAUUUUGUGGAGCCUACUAUAUUUAUUGAUGUGAAAGAUAAAAUGACGAUUGCUAAAGAAGAGAUUUUUGGGCCUGUGAUGAGCAUUUUGAAGUUUAAGGAUAUUGAUGAUGUAAUUGAAAGGGCAAAUAACUCGCCUUAUGGGCUGGGGGCUGGAGUACAAACGCAGGAUAUUGAUAAAGCACUAAAAGUUACUAAUGGAAUUAGGACUGGAAGUGUAUAUGUCAACUGCUAUGACUUAGAAAUAGAAAACGUACCCUUUGGAGGGUAUAAGCAGUCAGGUGUAGGGCGUGAGCUGGGAGAAGAAGGACUUUAUAACUAUCUUGAAGCCAAGACAGUACUUCUCAAGAACGUAAAUGAAAUGAUACAUGAUGAUCCAGAUCAGAAAUAA